AUGGACGAUUCAGAUUCUCAAAUUAACAAUCCUCUAAGCAAUAGUCAUGUCUCGAAUUUUGAAUAAGAAUAAUUGAUACGUUUAGAAGAAUCAGACUGCGAUUUCGAAUGUUCUUAAAACCCAAUGUUAACAGAGGAAGAGAAUAAUGAAAAGUCUGUUGUAAAUAGUAAGAUCAUCUAGAAUUCAUGUAAAAAUAUAAAUAUCUCAGAGUCUUCUAACCAAAUCAAUAAGAAGAGUUAGUUUGGAUCAUUUUUGACCUCUUAACAGUUAGAAUCACAAUAAUACAAAAUAUCAAUUUAGUAAGUUGAUUCACGCAUAGGUAAUCCUUCAGGAGAAGAAGAGAUUCAUGAGAAUUUGAGAAUUGUAAAUGAGAAAUUACAAGAACUAGAUCUUAAAGUAAAUUGUUAAACAAAGGAAAUCCAAGAAAUUCAAAGUAAAUAAUUAUGCGAAUUUAGAAACUUAUAAUUAAACAAAAGAGGAAUUACAACAAUUGAAAUCUGAUAAUGAAAAUUAUAAGAAGGACAAUAUGGAGAUAAGAUUAGAGUUGUAAAGUUAUGAAAGUCAAAUUAAAAAGGUCUAGCAUUUAUUAUCAUUGUUGAUCUAAGAGAAAUAAUUAAAUGGCUAUGACCAUCCUAUUCAAAUCUAGAAUAAAAGAUCUAAGACAACAAUUGAAUUAAGCAAAGAAAUGAUGAAUAAUUCCCAUACAUAACAAAAACAAAAGCAAACUGAUAGUAAUGGUUCUCCAACUAAAUAAUGUGAAACCCCAUUGUCCUAAUAAUAGGCAGCCUUUCUUUUAAAUAGCUCUAAAAGUUACUACAAUAAACCUCAAGUCUAAUUAUUUAAUGCCAAUUAAUUAGCGGCUUUGCUUAAAUUACGUAUCUAUAAUUUUAAUAAAAGCUCUAAAUCGAAAAGAUGAGGAGAGAAAGGAUAUUCAACAAAAAUCUGCUGGGAAAGACUAUAACUAUUUGUUUCAUAAACCAACAAAGUAUAGCUGUAAGAUUUCAUUAAGAUUAUAGCAAUAAAUCUGAAUCAAGUAAAAGGAUAAGGAGUUCAGCCAUCCUAUUCAUUUCUUAGCGUUUCUAUGACAAAAUGAUGAUGGAUUUAAAAAUACUAUUUAUU